AAAUACAAAUAAAAAAACUUGGGAAAACAAACAAACAAACCAAAAAAAAAACAUGAACAUACUCACUCUCAUCCCUAUGAGCAGUCAAGUACUGUGUAAGAAAGCGGUAAAAACCACCCACUGUGUCAAAGCAAGGAGUUAUUUUGGUCACGGGCGCACGUGCUGCUGCAUUAAAACUUCAAAGAAGCACCGCUCAGGUGUACACUGCAAAACAAAACAAAAAAAAAAAGAUGGCCAUCCUGUCUUCAGCUCUUUAGUUUAUCUCUAAGAUCUAUAGCUUGCUGGGGAGAUUUCCUCUGCUGCUCAGUCAAAUUAGCAGAGCUCAGCAGAGAUGCAAGCAGACUAGCUAUCUUUAAAAAAGUGGAACCCUCUUGGCCUUAAAUUGUCAUUAAGCUUAGGUAAAGGCACUGGUGUGAAGGGCAAAGCAACUUCUCAGUAGCUGUAAAAAUUGCUAGUGCCUUUCAUUUUAAUUCACUAUGUUUUAAGCUUACUUAUCUAGCGAUCUUUUAUAAGAUUUUGCCAAAAAACCAAGGUCAGCCUUCCUUUUUCUUCAAACCUACCACCCAAAAAGAUAGAGGAAAAAAAAAAAAGCAAAUUCCCCUAACUACGCCAGAGCGCAUUUAGACAACAUAUACAAAACAGCUUUAAUUAUAGGUAUCACUGUUGUGUGUACUCAUCUCUGAAAGGAAGAAUGCUCUCACCUUGUGAUCCUUUGAUCAAAAAAAGAAAAAAAUCCUCAUCAAAUGUGGAUUUGCGGUUUUUAAAAACUGGUCUAUUUGAUGGUCCUCGAGAAAAAGUGAAACCCGCAGAAAUCAGAAAAAACAGUUCCGCCCUGAGGGAUGCUGAUUGCCCUCAGAUUCUGUCACUCAGGUUCUGGCCACGUUAAAAGUUUUGUCACCUUCGCAAGAAAGCUCAGCACUCACGAGGGAAACCAGUUGUGUUUUGUGUGUGUGUAUGUGUGUGUGUGUUUCUAUGCAGGUAUAACCUAGUCGUAUCUGACCUCCACAUAGGCCUCUCGUGCUUAAUAUGGGUGGUGGUAAGAAAUAAAUUAACACAUAGGCUACAGAAGUUCACGCCUCUAAGACUAUGUGGUGGUUGUAACGCUUUUGUCUCCAGUAUUGUUGCCUCUGCUCAUUCACGGAUGUAAAGUGUAGUAACUAGAAUGCCUGUAAAUAGCUGAGCUGCUUUAUAUGCACGUUUACCUUCUUUUUCUUUUGACGUUAACACCUUAGCAGCAUUGUGUGAUGUCGAAGCAGCAAGAUGGAGGUAUGUACAAGUCGCCGGGAUAUCCAGGGUACCCGUUCCUGAUGCUGCCAGACCCCUACCUCCCCAACAGCUCCGUUUCUCCAUCUUCUAACAAAGUCUCGGUGGUACAGCAGUCUCACGGGAUGCACCCGCUGACCUCCCUCCUGCCCUACAGCAACGAUCACUUCAGCCCGAGUUCUCCUCACCUGCCCACAGACAUGAGCCAGAAGACAGGCGUUCACAGGCAUCAGUCCCAGGACCUCUCAGGAUAUUACUCCCUCCCUCCUGGUGGCGUCAGCCAGAUCACUCCCUCGAUGAGUUGGCAGAGCCAGCCUGUCUAUCCUGCCCUGUCCCCAUGUGGAUUCAGGCAGCCCUACCCCUCCAAUCUCCCCAGCGCAUCGUCCUACUCCAGGUUUUCUCACUCGCUGAUGCUCGGCCCAUCGGGCAUGCAUCCUACAGGGAUCCCCCAUCCAGCCAUAGUGCCCCCUACAGGCAAACAGGAUCACGAGCAGUAUGACAGGAGCAUGUACGUGAAGCCACAGGUGGAGCCCAAGCGGGAGAAGGAGCCCAAGAAGCCGGUCAUCAAGAAACCUCUGAACGCCUUCAUGCUUUACAUGAAGGAGAUGAGGGCAAAGGUCAUCGCCGAGUGCACAUUAAAAGAGAGCGCAGCCAUCAAUCAGAUCCUGGGACGAAGGUGGCACGCACUGACCCGAGAGGAACAAGCCAAGUACUACGAGUUGGCCAGAAAGGAAAGACAACUGCACAUGCAGCUCUACCCAACUUGGUCUGCUAGGGACAACUACGAGGCGGGCCUUAGCGGGGUCGCAGGGGAAAAGAAUAAAGCUGAUUGGGGCAAGAAGAAGAGGAGAAAAAGGGAGAAGCAGCAGGACUCCAACACAGACCCGGGCUCUCCUAAGAAAUGCCGGGCUCGCUUCGGCCUCAACCAACAAACGGACUGGUGCGGUCCUUGCAGGAGGAAAAAGAAGUGCAUUCGCUACCUUCAAGGAGGAGGCUGCCCCAGCCCAACUUCUUCAGAUUUAAGUGCUAUAGACUCUCCCCCGUCCCCUUCUCCCGCCCGACACCGUCUCUUCCAGCUCCAACGGCCCCCCUCCCCGGGCUGCUCCCCGCCGCCCACCUCCCCUUCGGCACGUCUCCCCUUGUCUCCGCCAGCGCAUGCACUCUCACACACGCGCUUAACUCCGCAGCAGUCUGCCGGCAAACGCGGGGACCUCCGCACGCUCGCAGCAAAGCACCCCCACGCACACCCGGAACUGUCCAGCAAGCAGACGCACAGCCCGUCGGUGCUGUCGGCCGCCAAGGCCGCAGGACUCUCUCUCAAAGUGCUAACGGAGACCCAGUGAUGGCUGUGGUCUGCUCGCAUCAACAACCCCCGCACUCCUCAGCUUCCUCCAGAGCCGUUACGAUCAUCCUCAUCAGCUGACAUCAGUUUUAUGUACACCCCCUCCCACUGAGGUUCAUUUGAUGUUACAGAAAAAGGAGCAAGUUGAAGGCAUCGAUCCCUCCCCUACCCCACCCUAUCCUCAGUAGGACAGUAGCUGUCUCUUAGUUCAGAGGCUGGAUUCUUCAAUAUCUGCAUUUUUACGGUCACAAAGUCCUUCUCAAAGAGAUCUGUCACGUGACAUUACAUUAAGCUGAGGACACAAGCCAAUUUGAAGGAUCCAGCCGCUGAACUGGUGACCAAAAAUCCACCAGCUUUAGAACACAUAGUAGCGAGCAAUGCUAAGGUGCAUGCAAAAACAAAACAAUAAAAAAAUGAUUGCGGUUCUUUGGCUCCACCUGCUGCAGUUAAAACUCAACUGAAGUGAUUAUCAUACUUUAUGGAUAAGUAACUCCAUAGCGAUGACAAUCUGACAUACUUUUACUCUUAAAGCUUCACCAUCACAUCCAUCUCCUGGAAAUGUUAUCACCCAUUUAUAAGAACCACAAGAGGGGAGCAAGGACCAACUGCCACCCAACCUGACCAGCAGAACCUCAGAUUCCAAGAGGCAUGGAUUCACUUUCAAUAGCUGCCAUUACACAGUCUGACUCUAAGUUUCCCCCUUUUUUCCCCCAAACAUUUUCAUGAAUACUUGUGCAGCUUCUUUGACAAAAAAUUUAUAAAUAUAUAUUUCCAGCAGUUUUAAAAAGAAAAUUCUGAAGUUCACAUUACUUUUAGGCACUUUCAGGCUGUCAAUCUAUGGCUUCACCAACUGUUACAUUGUUUGUGUUUUUGCAUAAUUAGUGGUAUUGUUUUGUAUGAAUCUCAUGAUUUUUAAGGUCAGGCUUUCUACAGGUGGGAAUCCCUCAGAAGAGUGUUAUUGUCUUUUAAGUCUUGUUUUCCUUUGAACAUUUUCCAGCGCAGCAGAUUAAACUGAGACCAAAUGGGUACUAUUAUAUUGCAUUGUGUUGUAAAGUUUUAUAAUUAAACUUUUAUAUGGUUUUAUGUAAAAAAAAAUUUAAAAAAAAAAGUUUAAAAAAUAUUCUUUUAAAAAAAAGUUAGUUUCUACCAUUUCUUAAAGCAAUACAUUUGUUUGUCUUGUGCAAAGUUUUUUUUUGUCAAGUGUCAUGGUCUUACUCUGCAUUUUUACAGCUAACGUAACAGACAUUUUGAUUUUUUUAUUAAGGCUUUAAUUUUCUUUUCUGCUUACAGUUUCUUACUGUGUGGACAAACUAGAAGCUGAGUUUUUUGUACAGCAAUAUAGUUUCCCUCCACCAGAGAGAGCUAUUGUGCUAGAAGUAGUUUGCAAUAGUGGCAGCACCUCAAAGAUGUCCAGCAUUUUAUUUUAUUUUUUCUUUUAAAUGCCUUUGAUGUGUUAUUGUGUUUUUGAUUGUUGUAAUAAAGUGUUUUGACUA